CCAGGAGCCGUUUCCGGUGGCGCCCCCUCCGCUCGCUCCGGGCUUGAGCACCUCAGGGCCCGUUUGUAAACUCCUGACGUUCCCCCGCUCCCCACAGCGGGCGCGCCGGCGAGACCUCUUUUCGGUGUCCGGGAACCAAGCAGAGGCCGGGAAGGCCGGUCCCGUGCCGCUGGUCGCAAGGCUUCCUGCUCCGAAGUGGGAAAAUGUGCUGCGACAAGUGGAGCCGCGUGGCCGAAAUGUUUCUCUUCGUUGAAGACCUGGAGGAGGAUUGUAAGAUCCUUUGCCUGUGCUCCAGGGCAUUCGUGGAAGAUCGAAAAUUGUGCAAUUUGGGAUUAAAAGGCUACUAUGUCAAAGGCAAUGGUGACAAUGCAGGAGACCAAGCAACAGAAGAGGAGGAAAGUGGCACGGCAGAGUCACGUGACAGCAAAGGCUUAGGCCUAGAUGAAAGUGAACUUGAUUCUGAGGCUGAACUCAUGAGAAGUAUGGGACUACCACUCCAGUUUGGUGGUGUAUCUGCACAUAAGACUUUUGAGGUGUCUAUGAAUACUAGAAAUAAAGUUAAAGUCAAAAAGAAAAAGAAAAAACAGCAAAAGAAGUACUUGCAUGAAAUUAUGAGAGAGUCUUGGAGACAAGAAUAUGAGGAAGAUGACAUUUUGGCUUCCGAUGAUCCGUCUUCAGUUGAACGGUAUGAGAACACCAAAACAUGUGAACUUCAAACCAAAAAGGACAUUGAAACUGAAAAUCUUCCUGUUGAAAAUACAUUAUGCCCAAAGCUAGAAAUUACAGAGAAGUGGGAAAAGUAUUGGAAUGAAUAUGGCGGAGGACUCUUAUGGCAAAGCUGGCAAGAGAAACAUCCAGGUCAGACACUGUGUUCUGAACCUUGGAACAUUCCUGAUACAAAGGAGGAAUGGGAACAACAUUAUAGUCAACUCUAUUGGUAUUAUUUGGAACAGUUUCAGUAUUGGGAAGCGCAGGGUUGGACUUUUGAUGCCCCAGAAACCUGUGAUACAGAUACUGGUGGGCCUAAAAUAGAGGUUGACGACGAGAAAGAUGAAAAUUGCAUAAAAGCGGACUUAACGUCUUUUCCAUCUUCAUCUAUAACCAUUGAUAGUGAAAGCUCUAGUUCAAGUGAUAAAGAGCAUAAUGAAAUACUUGAUGGAGUUAGUAACUUAAGUCUGAAUUCAGAGGAAGUGGAAAAGAGCCAGUUAGAUUCUUCAGUAAGUUAUGAUGGAUGUCAGUUGCUAAGUGAAGUCGGCAGCAGCAGAGAAUGCCCUGCUUCUGGCCAAAGUGAACCAUGUCACGGAGGAACCAAGGACAGCAACGUGUCUGGGAACAGAAGCGCAAACCAACCAGCUCAGGAUUCACAGGACUCUUCCGAAGCAAACGCAAUCCGAGAAAGACCACACUCCAACAGUAUUGAUGGAGACGAGAGUGAAGAAGAUCCACCUGAACAUAAGCCAAGCAAACUCAAGAGGAGCCACGAGCUGGACGUCGAUGAAAACCCAGAUUCAGACUUUGAUGACAAUGGUUCCCUUCUGGGAUUCAAGCAUGGCUCAGGACAGAAAUACGGUGGAAUUUCAAAUUUCAGUCAUCGGCGGGUCAGAUACUUGCAGAAGAAUGUGAAGUAUAAGUCAAAGUUCCUGGACAUGAGAAGACAAAUAAAUAUGAAAAACAAACACAUCUUCUUUACUGAAGAGUCAGAUAAAACAUUUGUCAAGAAAAGCAAAGCUUUGACUAAGGUAGAAAAAUUUCUAAAAUGGGUUAAUGAACCAAUGGAUGAGGAAGCAUCACAGGAGUCAGUUUCUCAUGACAACGUGCAAGACACGUGCACAAGCAGUGAUUCAGAGGAGCAAGAAAUGUCUGUUAAAAAAGGCGAUGACCCACUUGAGACGAGCAAUCAAGAACCUGGAAAGUGUCACGCCGUGUCUUCAGCUGGUGAACUGGAAACAGAAAAAAAUGAAGGAGACAGCACAGUAACAGCUAUUACACAUCAGGAAGAUUGUGUUACUCAGAUUACACCAGACUCUCUACAGGUCGACACUGAAGCUAAAAGUAAAAAGAAGAAGAAGACAAAGAAAAACAGGAACAAAAAGGUAAUUGGCCUGCCUCCCGAGAUAGCUGCUGUUCCUGAGCUGGCAAAGUACUGGGCCCAGAGAUACAGGCUCUUCUCCCGUUUUGAUGAUGGGAUUAAAUUGGACAAAGAGGGCUGGUUUUCCGUGACCCCUGAGAAGAUUGCUGAACACAUUGCUGGCCGGGUCAGCCAGUCCUUCAAGUGUGACAUUGUAGUAGAUGCAUUUUGUGGAGUCGGAGGAAAUACCAUUCAGUUUGCCUUAACAGGAAAGAGAGUGAUUGCCAUUGAUAUUGAUCCUGUUAAGAUCGAUCUUGCUCGCAAUAAUGCAGAAGUUUAUGGAAUAGCAGACAAGAUAGAGUUCAUCUGUGGAGAUUUCCUCCUGCUGGCUUCUCACUUAAAGGCUGACGUUGUGUUUCUUAGCCCCCCUUGGGGAGGACCAGACUAUGCUACCGCAGAGACCUUUGACAUUAGGACCAUGAUGUCUCCAGAUGGCUUUGAAAUUUUCAGGCGUUCCCAGAAGAUCACUAAUAAUAUUGUUUAUUUCCUUCCAAGAAAUGCUGAUAUUGACCAGACUGCCCUAACGACUGAACGUUGACCAGCGUUCCCGGUUUCUGGAAGUGAGGCAGCGUAUACCAAAGACAAGGCAAUUGGCCGAGGGAGCAGCCGGAGCGGAACUUGCGAGUUCUUGUUCUCCUUCUUCCUGUGCCGGCUUCCCACAGGCCCGUGCCUCCCGCCUCAGGCCAGAGGCGCUGCCCUCCAUCCCGCGCACACACGUUCAGACCAUCCCGGGUCUCCGGAGGUCUCGUUCGUUUGGCGGCCUCCCUUUGUAGUGUCUUCAUCCGGUGCUGGCUUGCGGUAGCCAACAGGCCUCCUAGCCCGGCACCGUCCCAGGGCUUUCGCCGCGGGGACGUAAAUAACGACAGUGCAACCUUCUCACGAGGAAGGUGGAGAUUGAACGCGCUGGCUCUCUGGUUGGAUGACUUCAGGAAACGCUCCGAUGAUGUAGGACGUAAACUGGACUUCGGAGUCCAAGAAGCUUCGAUGGUAGGAGUUGACAGAAGGUGGCCAGAGCGCCAAAGACACAGCGGUGGGAAUGUGUGGGUAGCGUUCAGUUAAUGGGCUCAGAGAGAGAGAGCAAAUCAAACGGACCGGGUUUAGUCUCGGCCCUGCCACUCACCAGCUGUCCGGCGACGGUUCCGAGGCGUAGACGAGUCUGGGGGUUCCGCGUUUAACACGGUACCUCUAGCCCACAAACCUUCGAUAACGUCCUAUGUCUGUGACCUAUCGCAAAGUUGUUGUGAGGAGAAUGUAAAUGCUCCUAACACCUUGAAGAGGACCAGUAUGGAGAGAUAUGUUUUCCCUAGAGGACAGAAUAGAAGCUCCUGUAUUUGUGAAAUGAUAGAACUUAAUUUAUAAACACACCUCCCCGAUCACCUGUUUUUCUCAUCCUCUCAUCAGAAACAUACACUCUGAACAGACAUACACUUGUGUCAGUUGGGCACACUCUCGCGAUCAUGACGUAUUUCCUUGGUCUUUGCAACACUGGCUCUCAGCUCCCGCUGCUAAUUGGAAUCGCCUGAGUGGCUUUUGUUUUUUAUUGUGGUAAGAUGCACACAACAAAACUUACCAUAAACCAUCUGUGAACGUCAGACACGUUCGCACUGUCGUGCAACCAUCCCGCCAUCCGCCUCAGAACUUUUACAUCUUCCCCAACUGAAACUCUGUACUGUGAAACACUGACUCACCACCUGCCCCUGGCAACCACCAUUCUCCUCUCUGCGUCCGUGAAUUUCACUGAUCUAGGUACCCCAAAUAAGUGGAGUCAUACAGUAUUUGUCCCUUUGUAUCUAGCCUGUUUCACGGAAUAUAAUGUCCUGAAGUCAUCCACGUUUCAGCAUGUGCCAGAACUUCCUUCCUUUUUAAGGCCGAACGGUAUUCCAUUGUGUGGACAUACCACAUACCGUUUAUCCAUUCAUCAGUGGACAUUUUGAGCUACUUUCACCUUUUGGCCGAUGUGAAUAAUGCUGCUGCGGGUGCCCUAUAUCUUUUCCUGCUUUGAGUUCUUUCGGGUAUAUACCCAGAAGCAAAAUUGCCGGAUCAUAGAGCAAUUCUGUUGAGUUUUUUGAGGACCCACCCUACAAUUACUCCCUGGCAGCUGAACCAGUUUACAUUCCUACCCGCAAUUCAUCAGGAGUUCAGUUUCUCCACAUUCUCCCCAACACUUGUUUUUUCUGUUGGUUGUUGUUUUGUUAUGAUAAUAGCCGCCCUAAUGGGUAUGAAAUGGUAUCUCAUUGUAGUUUUGAUUUGCACUUCCCUAAUGACUCAUGAUGUUGAGGACCAUCUGUUCACGUGCGUAUCUUCUGUGUAUUAAUCCCCUCUCAGUAUAUACUUUGCCCAUAUUUUUCCCCAUCCUGUGGGCUGCCUUUUUUACUCUCUUGAUAGUGUUCUUUGCUGUACAAAGUUUGUAAUUUUGAUGAAGUUCAGUUUGGCUCUUUUUCCUGUGUAUUGCCGAUGCUUUUGGUGUCAUAGUCAAGAAAUUGUUACCAAAUCUAAUGUCAUGAAACUCUUGCCUGUGUUUUCUCCUGAGAGUUUUAUGAUUUUAGCAAGUAGCUUUUUAAAACUACCAGUUGAAGAGUCCCCAAAUGAUUGUAGUAUGCUGUCGGAGUUGAGAUUCUCUGGGAUAAGAGAAGGGUAAAUGAUCUGAACAAGCCGGAGCUCUUACUCUGUGGGUUAGAGGAGGUGAAAUUAGAUCUUGUCACCUGCCAUCUAUUUAUGAGCCACAGCGUUUGAAUAUUAGACCUCCCAAACACUGUGUGCUGUACCGUUACAAGAAAAAGCACUGUCCCCUUGCUUCAUGCAUUUUUUAUAUCAAAUCUCUUAUUAAACUGUAUCUCCUACUCACGUGACUCUCAUCUGCAUCCUGUGCUCCCAGGUAAAGUUGAGCCUGUUGAUUCCAUAAUUCUUAUUUGCUCACAUAAAUAUUAUGCUCCAUAUUGCUAGUCUCAUAAGUGGUUAUGUGAUCCUUCUAUUAAAUAUUUGAUGGGCUUCUUGGGGUACUUGAAUGACAAUAGGAAACUCACUGUUUAUUGCAAAAGUUACAGUGAGUAUGUUUUUUCUAGUUAAGUUAACAUUUUCCCAAGGAGGAAGUUAAUUUUUUUCUCUUUAACUUGUGUUUUUGGUUUAGUUCAGAAACCUGCCAGAAUUAGUUCAUUCACGUUUUCUACCUGUAGAGGGAGUAACGACACUAAAAAAUAAUAAAAGUCAAAAAGAAAUGAGAUUUCAA